UCGUCUGCUUUUAAACUUUCCCAGGAUUAUCUCCGUUUUUAUUCUUUGUUAUCUUUCGUUUGGCUAUAUGUUUUUGUUUUUGUGAUUACUUCAUUCAUCAUAUUCAAUUCUGGCUUUAUAAUUUUAAAUUAUGGGUGUGCAGUUUGUAAAGAAUUACUAGACUUUUAUAAUGAUGAAUCGUCACUAGCUAUGUACAAAAAUAGAGCUUCCACAAUUAAUGCGAACUUUUCUUUUAUCUUCACUGAACAAAAUGAAUUAAAAUGGGUUCUAGACAUAAAAGGCGCUGCUUCGGCUUAGAAAUUAUAAAACUUGCAGCCAAAUUGAAACCUGAUGAUAAAAACAUGUAUUGUUGGGGUAAUACAAAGCAUGGAGAAUUAGGAUUAGGGGGGAUUGAAGAUGAAAAUAUUUUAUUACCCAGAGAAGUUGAUUUUCAAAAAGCAACUGAAAUUGAACAAAUUGCUUGUGGAGCUAAUCAUACAGUUCUUAUUACUGAAGAUGGACAAGUUUUUUCAUGUGGUAACAAUGAUUGUGGACAGUUGGGCCAUGAUAAACCAACUAAAAGAUUACAGAUGAUACCAGGAUUAGAUGCAUUUGUAUUUAAACAAGCAGCUUGUGGUGCAUCCCAUUCAGUAGCAGUGAAUAACUGGGGACAACUAUUUUGUUGGGGUAACAAUGCUGAUGGUCAAUUGGGACUUGGAACUCCAUUAACAAUUGUACAAAUGCCAACAUUAGUUAAAGCAUUGGGUACAAGUGUCAUUGUUCAAAUUGCAUGUGGUCAAAACCACACUUUAGCUCUUACGAACAAUGGUGAACUGUAUACUUGGGGAUCAAAUAGUGAUGGACAGUUGGGACUUGGUCAGGAUAUAAAAAUGGAAACAAAACCUAAACUUAUUUCAAGUUUGUUUGGAAUACCUAUUGCUUUUAUUGCUUGUGGAGGUUAUCAUAGCAUUAUUGUUACAAAAUCAGGGGCUGUAUAUGGCUGGGGUAAAAAUACUUUUGGCCAAUUAGGUAUGAACGAUAUGAGUGAUAGAUACAUUCCAUGUCUUCUGAAAACUCUUAGAAAUACAAAAGUAAAAUAUGUAUCAUGUGGAGAAGAAUUUUCCGUUUUUAUGACUAUGGAUGGUGGAGUUUUUACUUGUGGUGCUGGAAUGUAUGGUCAACUUGGUCAUGGUGUUAAUGGUAAUGAAAUUUUACCUAGACAAAUAAUUGAACUCAUGGGCAGUGUAGUGACUCAGAUAUCUUGUGGAAAGAGACACACACUUGCUCUGGUACCAUCUCGAGGAAAAGUCUAUGCUUGGGGUUUAGGUGGAUCUGGACAACUUGGGAGUCGAACAGCCCGAAGUGCUUCUACUCCUCAAAUUGUUCUUGGACCAUGGACAUCAAAAAAUGGUUUAUCUUCUAUGGAAACCGAAUCUAUAAGUCCAGUUUCUGAAGACUGUGUAGUCAAACAUAUUUUUAGUGGCGGAGAUCAUUGCUUUGCCACUGUAGUUCCAAAAGAGGAUAACAUAGAACCAGACGACUGUCGUAUUUAUUUACCUACAACACAAAUUUUAACUAUCAAUGAAGAACAACUUAUUACUUGUCAAAGACUUCCACAAAGUGCCUCAGUUGAUCACGAUUUAAUGAUGUACAUAGAAACCGUAUUUAGGAGUCAAGCUUGUAUAAAUGCUUCAUUUUUGUCUGCUUAUGAAAAACAUUAUAAUUGCUCAUCUCGACAACAUGGUGUGGAUUUAGAAUUUGCUGCACGUUGUUUUGGAAUGAUAUCUGAAAUUAUAAACGAAACUAUAAGUGAAUUGAUACUCACUUGUAUUGUUGAAUCCCUAUUACCUUCUUUAACAAAGUCACCACCAGAUAUAGAGUGUCUUAGGAUUUAUUUGAUAUUGCCUUUGUAUCAUGGAUUUGCUAAUCCUGAUAAUUCUAAUACAUUACAUAAACCAUUUUCUUUAGUUGUAUUAAACUUGAAGCAAGAAGCUAAAAAAGUUCUUGAAAUCUGGUGGACCAACUCUCCAACACUCUAUUUUGAAAGACUUGUAAGAAUAUUUAGAGCAGUUGUAAUAGAUUACAUCAAGCAACCAAACGUUAAAGAAACAAAGGUUGUUUCAUGGAAUAUGGCUCUUGCAUCUGUAUUAGACUUUUUGAAAUUUCUGAAUGAAUUAAAUAAUUCUGUAGAAGGGAAAAAAGUUCCUCAUAAUGUAUUUUACAUUCAUGAAUUAAGUGAAUUAACAGAUGUAAGAGGAGAUUAUUGUCGUUGGCUUUCCGAUAACGAUAAACAAGGUGGUCACAAAAUAUUCUUCUGCAAUUACCCAUUUCUAUUUGAUGCAGAAGCCAAAACAAUACUUUUGGAGACAAGUCAAGCAUUACAAAUGCAAGUAGCAAUGAAUGUAGCAGCUAGCAGAACUUUGACUAAUAUGUUUUUCAGUGCAUUUCAUCCUAUUAAUACAGAACAUCCUCAAUUUGUAACUCUCAACGUUUCAAGAGAAAACAUAGUUGCAGAUACCUUGAGAGAACUAUCAGAAUAUUCGUCUGAUGAUCUCAAAAAACCAUUGCGAGUAAAAUUCUACGGAGAAGAAGCAGAGGAUGCCGGAGGAGUUAAAAAGGAAUUUUUUAUGCUUCUAUUGAAAGAAAUUUUAGAUCCAAAGUACGGCAUGUUUAAAGAAUAUGAAGAAACAAGAGCUAUUUGGUUCAGUGAGGAUUCAUUUGAAGAUGAAGUUAUGUAUUUUCUCAUUGGUUUAUUGUGUGGUCUUGCCAUUUACAAUUUCAUUAUUAUUGAAUUGCCAUUCCCGUUGGCAUUAUAUAAAAAAUUACUGAAAGAGCCAGUCAGUCUUGCAGAUCUCAAAGACUUAUCACCAGUUCUUGCUAGGAGUUUGCAGAGCCUAUUAGAUUAUGAAGAAUCUGAUUUAGAGGCUGUUUUUUCUUUGAAUUUUGAAGUUACCAAAGAAGUGUUUGGUGAAAAGAAAGUUUAUGAACUUAUUCGAAACGGUAGUAAAACUCCCGUGACAAUACAUAACAAGAAUCAAUUUGUCGAUUUGUACGUCGAUUACAUUUUGAAUAAAUCUGUAAAUUCACAUUUUAAGGCUUUUUAUAAAGGAUUUCAUAAAGUGUGUGGAGGUAGAGUUUUAGAACUAUUUCAUAGCGAUGAGCUAAUGUCACUUGUAAUUGGUAAUGAAGAAUAUGAUUGGGAAGAAUUCGAAAAAAAUGCAUGUUAUAAAGAAGGCUAUACAAAGGAUGAUCCUACAAUCAUUCUUUUUUGGCAAGUUUUUCACGAACUGUCACCUGAACAAAAAAAGAAAUUUUUAUUGUACUUGACUGGUAGUGAUAGAGUUCCUCUACAAGGCAUGAAAGCAGUUAAGAUAACCAUACAACCAAUGACAGAUGAACGUUUCUUGCCAGUAGCACACACAUGUUUCAACCUUUUAGACUUGCCAAGGUAUCAAACAAAAGAGAGACUUCAAUACAAACUUUUACAAGCGAUCCAGCAAACUCAGGGAUUUUCAUUAGUUUAAAAUAAAAACUUGUUUUGAAACAGGUGUGUUUAUAGAGUACAAUUUAUAUCGAUAUUUUAUUACAGAUAAUAACUAGUUGAUCUUUUAUUAAAAGAGAAAAAAUAGAAUAGCGAACCAAAAACUCCUUUUCUGUUAAAGAAUCAGGUUUUAACGGUUUGUGGAUCAAAUCUUGGAAAUAGAAUAAUAUAUGUAAAAAGUCAAACACUAUGUGUUCAGCUACAUUUCUCUUUUCUCCAUGAAAGGGAACAGAUUUUGAAUUUUGUUAAAAAAAGGCUAUAAUGAUAAAAAAUAUAUUAUCUAUUUUUAAGACACUGUUCAUGAUUAUCAUACAGUGGGAACUUAAAAAUGAAUCUAUUAUUCGGAAGUGAAUAUUUUUUAGUAUACGAAAGCUUAACGCGUUUAGUGCAAUGGAAGCACUAUUAUUUUAUACGUUUAUUUCAAAUUCCAUCUUUUUCUCAAUUUUAAUUUUGACAAUAUAUAAUUUGAAAAAGGGACAAUCGUAGAAUACAUUACCGUAUAUAUUUUUUAUGGCCUAAUCAAUGUUCAAAGGUUCCUAUAAAAUUUCAUUAUAUAAUCUUGGCAUUGUUUUUCGCAAAGUUGCAUGUUUUUGUCCUUUUUAAAAACGGAUUUAACCCAUUAAAUCCCAAAUGGACGAUUUUUUUUCUACUGUUUUCAAUUGAUUUUCUGAAUGUGAAAUCGGUCUUCAAAAAAAUCAGGAGGUGACGUUUCCGACGUAAAAUUGUCUGAAUUUUCGAUCUACGUUGUCAGAAUUUUGAAAAAAAUACAUAUUAACACAUUUAUAAUUGUUUAUUUAUCAAAAAAUGCAAUAUUUUGAGUGAUAAAAAUUUUUAAAUCCUUGUUUUCCAGUUGAAUGUCAAUGUAGAUCUUUAUGAUUAGCCCAUAAAGGCGUCCUCGAAUCCUGGACUUAUUCUUAUAUAUCACACUCUUUAUAUUGAGUUAUAGGGGUAGGUUUUUUGAAAUUCAACAUGACGCCAUCCAAUAUGGCGGUUCAAUGAAGGAAAUUUUAUGCUACUUUUCAUUCUUUUUCGGAAAACAAUAUUUUUUUACCAAUAUUCAUCAAACUUCGCGUAUAGGGGUUUUUUGGGUCACUGAUUACGAAUUUACAAUAAGAUUUUUAAAAUUCAAGAUGGCGGAUCCAAUAUGGCGGCUGAAAAUGUCGAAAAAUGUCAGAUUUUUAUGCAAAUUAGUGUACAGGGGUUUUUUGGGUCGCUGAUUAUGAAUUUACAAUCAGAUUUUAAAAAUUCAAGAUGGCGAAUCCAAUAUGGAGUGAAUUUUUAGUCAGUUUUUGAUUUUGGUACUUAAAAGCUUGAAAAUAUUGAUGAAUCUAGCUUUUGACUAUAUUUUUUAACUGACAUUUCGAAACUUUAAAAACUGUUAGUGUAUACAUGAUAUAAGCCCAAAACACCCCUAUAUAUACUUUUUCUUAAGUUAGAAAAUUGUAAAAUUGUAACUUUAUAUUUAAAGUUUUCUAUCCUUUUAUUAGCUAUGUAUUAGCUAUGUAUUAGAUAUGUAAAGUUUUGAAAAUUUGACUACAAAUUGUUAAUCAGUGAUUUAAAAGACCUGUAGGUACCGAUUUCUAUAAAAACUAAGAAAAUUUGUGGGUUUUCGGCCGCCAUCUUGAAUAUUCAAAAUCUGAUAAUACAUUCGUAAUUAGCUACCAAAAAACCCCUAUACACGAAGUUUGAUGAACAUUGGUUAAAAAAUAUUGUUUUUCGAAAAAGUACAAAAAGUAGCAACAAAUUUCCUUCUUUGAACCGCCAUAUUGGAUGCCGCCAUGUUGAAUUUCAAAAAACCUACCCCUAUAACUUAAAGUCUAAGAUUCGAGAACGCCUUUUAUGGGCUAUUCAUAAAGAUCUAUAUAUUGAAAUUCAAUUCGAAAACAAGGAUUUAAAAAUUUUUAUCACUCAUAAUUUGCAUUUUUUGUUAAAUAAAUAAAUAUGUUAAUAUGCAUUUUUUUCAAAAUUCUGACAACGUAGAUCUAAAGUUCAGAAAAUUUUACGUCCUCUCCUGAAUUUGUUGAAGACCGAUUUCACAUUCAGAAAAUCUAUUGAAAACAGUAGAAGAAAUCGUCCAUUUAGGACUUGAUGGGUUAAAAUAAUCCAACGGGUUCUCUUCAAUAAUAUAUGAUGAAUAUAUAUAUUUAUUAAAAGCUUUCGAUAACGUUGCAGUUAACCAAAUAAAAUGAAAAAAAAAUAAUAAAUGCUAAUAAUGAAUAAUGCAAAGAAACUGUUUAAUAAUGUAAAAAGAAAAAAUAUCGUGCUUUUUUUUAUAAAAAAUGAUCGCUAAUACUACUAAUUGUUAAGCAAAUUGUUACGUAGACACUGCUGGCUAUCAAAUGUUAAUAAUACGUAACCGUCGAAGAAAAAAUGUGGAAGAGAUUUCUA